AAGAUGAUAUACAUGUCGUGGAUAAUGUUUUUUAUCAGGUUUUCACAAAACAUUUAACUCUAUAUAAACAUAACUUGGGAACAUUUUGUCACCAUCUUCUUUCCACAACAUUCAGCUUUACUGAAGAAAGAAAAUAUGGGUGUGAAAGGCAAGUUGAUUGGUUCAAUAGAGGUGAAAUGUGGAGGACACUUGGUUCAUGAUAUUUUUCACAACUACACUCAUCAUAUACCUAACAUAUGUCGUGGUAAGAUCAACCAUUUUGAGAUUCAUGAAGGUGGAGCCAUAAAGGUUGGUUCGGUAGUAGGCUGGAAAUAUAACGACGGUGAUGGAAAGGAGAAGAAUCUUAAGCAAGUGAUUGAAGCCGUUGAUUCACAGAAUAAAUCAAUCUCUUGGAAAGUAAUUGGAGCAGAUUUGUUAGAGUUGUACAAUUCCUUCACUACUAUUGCAUCUUGCGACCACCAAUGGACUACAUGGACAUUUGUUUACGAGAAGAAAACUGAAGAAACCCCAGAGCCUCUUGUUCUUUUGGGUAUUGCACUUGAUCUUACCAAAAUAUCGAAGGUCACCUUCACAAGAACUAGAACAUCUAUAUACACACUUAUAUGUUUGUCUGUGUGAUGAAUACUUCUCAAUAUUGGCUAGUUCUUGCUAGAAUGUGAAAUAAAUAAUGUUGUGUAUGAAAAACAUAUAUAUUAUAUUUUCCAAUAUCCCUCUAUGGAUGUAUUUCUAAUGAAUAGUUAUUCUGGAUUUCGUGACAUUGCAACAAAGAGGAUAGAUUUAUCAGUGUA